AUGAUCCAGGUUCUCCUUGGCGACCCUGGUGCUGGAAAAUCUAGUCUCGUUCUGCGAUUUGUCAAAGGGCAGUUUGUUGAGUUUCAGGAAUCAACAAUUGGUGCUGCCUUCUUUUCACAAACAUUGGUUGUGAAUGAUGCUACUGUGAAGUUUGAGAUAUGGGACACAGCAGGUCAAGAGAGAUACCACAGCCUUGCACCCAUGUACUAUCGGGGAGCUGCAGCAGCAAUUAUUGUGUAUGACAUUACGAAUCCGGCCUCAUUUGAUCGGGCAAAGAAAUGGGUGCUAGAACUUCAAGCACAAGGUAAUCCAAAUAUGGUUAUGGCUCUGGCUGGGAACAAGGCUGAUUUGCUUGAUGAUAGGAAGGUGGCAGCUGAGGCAAGUGUCUAGACCUGUUGAACUCCUGCACUAUUUCUCUCUCUUUCUUACUUCGUCUGAGGCACAAGUCUACGCUCAGGAGAAUGGCCUUUUCUUUAUGGAAACCUCAGCAAAAUCUGCAACGAAUGUCAACGACAUUUUCCAUGAAAUAGCGAAAAGACUACCACGAGUUCAGCCUUCACAGAACCCCGCUGGGAUGGUUCUCACGGAUAGACCCGCUGAAAGGGCAGCUAGUGCGACCUGCUGUUCAUAAAAUGCUGAUGUUUCAGUUUCUCCAAUAUGUACCUUCUGAGUGGCUAAUCUUCUGGUAGUGAAUGCUGAAUCGUAUUGUAAUCCCAUUGAUUGAUCGGUUGGAUGGCGUGUGCUAAGACGUGUACAUGAAUGCUUGAUUUGGAAACUCGGUGAAAGAACAGAAUCAGAGUGAUUCUGGUGUUUGCUUUAUCUGUGUAGUAUCCUUUAAAGUACACAUGGGUAUCCCGGACAAAAUGCGAAGACCAUUGUAAUUCCCCCCUUUUUCUUUUUGUUAUAUACUUCUAUUACCUGGGUUGCUGAUUGUGAGUCUCCGACGACGUCCGUGCUCGUCCUGUUUACGCUGUUAUAUCAUAAAUAAUAAUGUGAGCCGGAUGCAAAUAUUCAAUAGCCCCGUUGUGGUCUCAACAGGAAGAUAGCUCAUUGUUAUCUCCACUAUGACGAUUUAGCAGUAAUAUUCUAUCUUGGCCUGCAAUUAAGUGUAAA